UCAAAAGACAUUUUACGGUUCUGUUUCGCCAUACCUUGUGUUUCAUUACUAGAAAGUUGCAAUUGGAAUUCGCUUAGGUUGCAACUCUGCUACUGCAUUUAAAACAAAUCCAUUUGACUUAACGAAUUUAGAGGCGUAUGACGUGUAAUUUCUGUUAUUGUGCUUAUAAAACAUUAUCUGUGCAACAUUGUUUGGAUCUUCAUCACCAGCUGUGCGCGGUAACAAUCUGAAAACCAUUCAUAAAAAUUCAAUGUGGUUUUUGCAACAAUUGUGUCUAUCUACUCUUUAACUCAAAAUAUCUUAAUUGUAAUGGAAAAUUUGUGAAUGUGAGAUUUGAACGUAUAGAAAUAAUACAAACAUAUGAAAAAUUAUUUGGAACUGUAAUGAACAUAGGACGACUAGCUGCUCUAGCCUUAUUAAAUUUGUUAAAUAAUUUGCUACACUCCUGGCAUUUGAUAGCUGUGCUUGAACGAAAUUUCAUUUCUAUUUUACGGAGUAUACAUUUCCCAAAGCUAUUUUCGGGUACAAUGGAUGGUGAAGGCGAUGAACAACGUGAUAAUAUCGAACACUUACCAGCGGAGGCUAUGGACGAGGAUGCUGGAGAACAAGUUAUGGGUUUGGGCUACGAAGAUGAUGAUGAUGACGAUGCUUACGAAGAGGAGGAUGAUGAUAAUGCUUCAAUUGUGUCCACUGAAACUGAGUCUGAUAACGUAGAAAUGGAUAGUGAUGAUGGAUCUGAAAAUAAUUAUGUGGCUGGCUAUGGCGGUGACUAUUCAACGAAUUCGGAAAGUGACAGCGAAGUGCCUAGCACAUGUUAUACCAGUUCUAGAUAUCCUCAGUCAAAUAUACCUUUAUAUAUAUUUAAACCGCAUCAUUUAGUCAAAUGCAGCUACAAAAGACAUUGUCCACCAGGAGACUAUCCCUUCGCACGUAGCGGUCAUCGCGUAGUCGCUUCCGAAUCGCAUCUGUAUUCCUUAGGUGGCUACAAUUUAAGAAAUAGUAGCACAACAUUACAUGGCACUGGCAUGCUUUUUCAAGAGUUAUGGCGCUAUAAUUUUACUACUAAACUCUGGGUGCUAUUACACAAUCCUGCAACAAAUCGCAAUAUGCCUAGAGAAUUAGCAUCUAACGCGCUUAUCAUUACCAAUAAUUUAUUGAUUUCUUACGGCGGCACAGGCUAUCCCUUUGGCGAAUCAUGUUCUAAUGACUGCUAUAUAUACCAAACACAGGUAGAAAAUCCUAGUGUUUCGCGUAUCGAAGCUACUGGUGAUGCGCCUAUACCACAAUAUGGUCCGGGUAUCGUAUUACACGAACAUUAUUUGUACACAAUUGGUGGUACCACCGGCUAUGACUACUCCUGUGAUGUGCAUCGUCUCAACUUACGCACGCGCGUAUGGGAAUGUGUGUAUAUUUGCCGUCCAGAGAUACGCGAAGAUCCUGAGGGCCGUUAUCGUCAUGAAGUUGUGUACGAUGGCCAUUACAUUUAUGUGCUAGGUGGUGGCACUUCAACUUUAGUCUAUGAUUUGCAGCGGAUUCCAGCUUUUAAUUUGAAAAUGAAAAGAUGGGAUUACUUUGCAACAUUACCCGAUCGAUCUUCCCAAGAAAAUGCCACAUUUUCCGGACAAGGUGCUGGUUAUCCAAAGCCACGAAAGUGCUUUUCCUGUGUGCAACAUACUAAAUACAAUGGUGAAGUUGAAGCUUUUAUAACGGGUGGCCUACAGGGUGACCAAGUAUAUUUUUCUGACAUAUGGAGAUUAAAUUUUACAACUAAACAAUGGACACUUAUACAAACAGCACAAUUGCCGAAACCAUUGUAUUUCCAUGCUGCGGCGCAUAGUCAAAACGGUUGCAUGUACAUAUUCGGCGGUAUUGAGUAUGAUAUAAAGCACAGUCGUCGGUGCAAUGACCUCUACAAAAUGUGGAUGACCAUACCAAAACUAAGUGAAAUUUGCUGGGAGGCAGUGCUGCACUAUACACCAAAUCUCAAAAUGACGAGUUACACACAAUUGCUCAAAAUGGGUAUACCAUUAAGUUUUGCGCAGCGUAUAUGCCAUUCUUCAGCAACCAAUUGAUUGUUUAAUAAUAAUUGAAAGGAAUUCGCAAUAAAACUCGACGUUUGUUUAGCAGUGAUAUUUAAUUAAUUCAUGUUCUCGCUUCAUUUGAGCGCAUUUGUGGGCCAUACAUAUUUAAUAACGUAAUUAUUAUUGCAGUUGAAAAAAAAUGCAAAAGGAAGCAAUAAGGAUAAUAAAACUAUAACGAUCAUGAGAGUAAAGCAAAAUCCAUAUUGUAUGUAAUAUGACGAAAAAACUCGUUAUUAUUUUUAUAUGUUCGUUAAGGAAAAGACAAUGAAAAUUAAGUAUUUUAAUACGUGUAGCUGUGGUUGAGAGUCAAUUUCUCCUAUCAAUAUUAUAUAUAAAGAAUUAUGUAUUUAUUUUAAUAAUUUCCAAUAGGGAUGGUUAAGGGAAAAUAAAUUUAUUCAUUGUUGAAGCGAUUUCAACCCUAGUCAUAGUUCGAAGUAAUGAAGUAGGAGAUGUUAACAAAGCCGAUUGAUAAAUCUUCAAUUUGUAAUGUGAACCAAUUGGCCACAGCUACAUCUAUGUACAUAUGUACAUAAAAAUGUGUUAUAAUUCUUAAAUUAAAUUAACAACUAUUUCGUUAAGAAGUCGUUUAGAGCCUAUUUGGCAUAAUGCUAAUAAUUAUAAUUGAGCCCAUAAGGAUACACAUGUAGCUAGAUUUUCGAAAUAAAUAAAUAAAGUAUUUUAUAAUUACUAAUACUGAAAUGCAUAUUCAGCAGCUUAAAAUCUGACAAAGAGUUAAAUACUCAUUAUUAAUAAUUGCAUUUCGAAGAUUUUUGCUCGAACUUAAAGCUACGCCAAAAACUAAAUCCUUUCUUUUUCUCGCCCCUGCAAUGAAAAGUAAAAAAGAAAAGUUUAAUUUUUUUGUUUAGAUCUCCAUACAUCGCAUACAUAUGGGCAUAUGUACAUAUGUAUUUACAUAUAAAAAUAUGAAUUGUUUCUAUGGCUACUCUAGAGAUUUGGACUUUUACUUUUAAUGCGAGCAUACUUAUUAUAUUGACACUGAUUUUUAAAUAAAAAUAAAUAUAUAAUUGCAA